CCAGCCGUGUCCCAGUUCCGGGCCGAUGGCGGCGGCCGAUCCGGAGCCCGAGCCCGAGGGGAGGAAGCGACGCGCCCACGGGAUGCUGAAGCUUUACUACGGGCUGAGUGAGGGAGGCGGGCGGCAGCCGAGCUCCCGGGACCCGCUGGACCCCGCCGACAUCGACGGUGCCCACUUUGAUCCCGAGGUUUACCUGAACAAGCUGAGGAGUGAAAGCACGCUGGCAGAGCUGAUGGACAGCGAGACCGAGAUGGUGAAGCAGAUCCGGGCGCUCGACAGCGACAUGCAGACGCUGGUCUACGAGAACUACAACAAGUUCAUAUCGGCCACAGACACUAUCAGGAAGAUGAAGAACGACUUCAGGAAAAUGGAAGACGAGAUGGACUGCCUGGCCACCAACAUGUCGGCCAUCACGGAGUUCAGCGUCCGUAUCAGUCACACUCUGCAGGACCAACACCAGCAAAUCACCAAGCUCUCAGGCGUGCAUGCUCUCCUGCGCAAGCUGCAGUUCCUGUUCGAGCUGCCUGCCCGGCUGAAGAAGUGCGUGGAGCUGGAGGCGUACGGGCAGGCGGUGCGCUACUACACCAAGGCGCGCUCCGUCCUGCUGCAGUACCAGCUGAUGCCCUCUUUCCAGGGCAUCCACGACGACUGCAGCAAGAUCAUGGCCGACCUCGCCCACAGGCUCCGCGUCCAGUUCAGGGAGGGCGGCUCGAGCGCCCAACAGCUGGCCGAGUGCGUGGACCUGCUGCUGCGCCUGGAGGAGCCGGCGGAGUCCCUCUGCGACGAGUUCCUGUCGCACGCCCGCAGCCGGCUGGAGGGGCAACUGCGGGGUCUGGAAUUCGGCGCUGGCAGCACCUCGCCCCCCGCCGCCGACUUCCUGGAAUUCGUGGACGCCGGCUGCCACGGCUUCGUCAGUGACACCUGCCUGCUCAUCGCCUCCUACCAGGAGCUGUUCGUCCGGCGGCCAGCCGCGGCCGGCAGCGACGUGGCCCCCAUGGCCAACGCCAAGCUCCAGGCUUUCAUCCGCCAGCUGAUGGGCCGCUACUUCUCGCUGGUGGAGGGGCGCGUGGCGGCCGAGAGAGGCGUGGCGGACAACUCGCUGCUGGUCCGGGGCUUGGACCGCAUCCACCGCCGGCUCCAGGCAGUCGAGAGGCUGCUGCCCGGCUCGGGGCUGGGGGCCGAGGGAGCAGAGAUCGUGGCGCGCGCCGCCCGCGGGCGCCUCGGCCAGUACCUGGAGGCCCUGCGUGGCUUCCUGGCCGACUCGCUGACCGACGUGCGCCAGUCGCUGGCCGCGCCCCGCGUUCUGGGCAAGGACGGACCCGGCCUGUCGGAGCUGCUCGCCACCCUGUCUGCCUCCCUGCUGAACCAGGUCAAGUCAGUGCUUGCCUCCGUCCACCUUUUCAUCGCCAAGGACAUCACCUUCUCCGAUAAGCCCUUCUUCAAGGGGGAGUUCUGUAGCCAGGGUGUGCGUGAGGGUCUCAUCGUUGCCUUCAUCAGACACGUGUGCCAGACUGCGCGGCAGUUCUGCGAGACGACCGGCGAGAAGAGCUCAACCCCGCCCGGGCUGCUGCUCCUGCUCAGCCGCCUCUGCCUCGACUACGAGACGUCCAGCGUCAGCUACAUCCUCACGCUGACCGACGAGCAGUUCCUCGGCCAGGACCAUUCGCCGGUGACGCCGGUGACCGUGCUGUGCGCGGACGCCCGCGAGUCGGCACAGCGGCUCCUGAACCACUACGUGAAGGUGCAGGGGCUGAACGUCUCGCAGAUGCUGCGCAAGAGCGUGGAGACGCGCGACUGGAUCAACACCAUUGAACCGCGCAACGUGCGGGCCGUGAUGAAGCGGGUGGUGGAGGACAUCACCUCCAUCGACGUGCAGGUUGGACUGCUGUACGAGGAAGGCGUGAGGAAGGCCCACAGCAGCGAUUCCAGCAAGAGAACCUUCUCGGUGUACAGCAGUUCCCGGCAGCAGUCACGCUACACCCCCAGCUACACCCCCAGCGCCCCCAUGGACGCCAACCUGCUGAGUAACAUCCAGAAGCUGUUCUCUGAGCGGAUCGACAUCUUCAGCCCCGUCGAGUUCAACAAGGUCUCUGUGCUGACGGGCAUCAUCAAGAUCAGCCUGAAGACUUUCCUAGAGUGCGUGCGCCUGCGCUCGUUCGGCCGUUACGGGCUGCAGCAGAUUCAGGUGGACUGCCAGUACCUGCAGCUGUACCUGUGGCGUUUUGCCUCCGACGAGAACCUGGUGCAUUUCCUGCUCGACGAGAUCGUGGCCAGUACUGCCCACCGCUGCCUGGACCCCGUCACCAUGGAGCAGAGUGUCAUCGAGGUCAUCUGUGAGAGGGGCUGAACCCCCCCCGUUCCCAUCCCGUCUCCUCCUCUCCCUGUGCUUCCCCUCCCCUCCCGUCCUGUCCUCUCCCUGCCCUCUGCCACCCGUCCCCUCCUCUCCCUGUGCUUCCCCUCCCCUCCCGUCCCGUCCUGUCCUCUCCCUGUGCUUCCCCUCCCCUCCCUGUGCUUCCCCUCCCCUCCCGUCCCCUCCUCUCCUCUCCCUGUGCUUCCCCUCCCCUCCCGUCCCGUCCUCUCCUCUCCCUGUGCUUCCCGUCCCCUCCCCUCCCCUCCCGUCCCGUCCUCUCCUCUCCCUGUGCUUCCCCUCCCCUCCCGUCCUCUCCUCUCCCUGUGCUUCCCCUCCCAUCCCGUCCUCUCCCUGUGCUUCCCCUCCCCUCCCUCCCAUCCCAUCCUCUCCCUGUGCUUCCCCUCCCCUCCCAUCCCGUCCUCUCCCUGUGCUUCCCCUCCCCUCCCCUCCUGUCCUCUCCCUGCCCUGUGUCAGUCCUCCUGCCCGAUCCUCCCCCUGCCCUGUGCUUCCCCUCCCCUCCUGUGUCGAUCCUCCUGUCCCGUCCUUUCCCUGCCUGGUGCUGCCCCUCCCAUCACGUCCUCUCCCUGCCGUGUCGAUCCUCCCGUCCCGUCCUUUCCCUGCCUGGUGCUACCCCCCCAUGAAACACGAAUAAUGGGAGACCAUUCCACCCCUCCAGGUCUCUCCUGUCCCCAUGGCUUCCCGGGAUCCCUGAGCAUCUUGAUGUUUUCUCUUUGCCGUCUCUGUGGGUGGGCUUGACAUCUUUUGUCCCGACAGUGUCGAGGCUUGGACAGUGCGUGACUUCUCCCUCGGGUCUGUUCCUUUUUAAGCUCUGCACCUUCUCAACACUACUCCAAAAGAAAUCUAAUUUAUAAAACUACAGUGUGUCAGAGCCUGAUUGUAGCUCCAAACCCCAAACAAGUCUCACUUGUCCCUACCCCUGAGAUGGGGGUUUGGGUGAGAUCUUCUCAAAGGCCCAGCGAGACUGGUUCCACCCCACCCCUCUUCCCUUUGCGAUCUGCCCCCACCUUCCCUUCAGCGUCUCACUCCCGUAGAGUAGGGUCUCCCUCCUUCACCCUUGCUCCCUGUGGGGGUACAGGUGUAUAUUUUUGACAGUCAGCUGGGAGGUGAACUCGCAGACUGACUGCUCCACACAAGAGUGUGACGUUCGAUUCAUGUGUAUAUACUUUGUGGGAAAAUAAAUCUAUGUUC